AUGGUCCUUUUCGUCUACUUGACCAUGGUUUGGACUAUGAUGCGGCGAAUGGCGGGCGGCGGUCAGGGCAAAGGUUGGGGAGAUGCGAGGAGGAAGGUGAUGGAGGCGCAGAAGGCUUCUGGCGCCAACGCCGGAGAUGCCAUGGUGACUCGCUUCGAGGACAUCGCCGGGAUCGAGCGGUCCAAGCUGCAGGUGAAGGAGGUGGUGGAGAUGCUUCGAUCCCCUAGCAGGUAUGCAGCUUUGGGCGCCAGCGUGCCUCGAGGAGUUCUGCUGGCUGGACCUCCUGGCUCCGGCAAGACCUUGCUGGCACGUGCCUGUGCAGCGGAGGCUGGCGUGGCCUUCCUCAACGUCGCAGCCACGGAGUUCGUUGAGCUCUUUGUUGGCCGAGGAGCUGCGCGGGUGCGACAGCUCUUCGAGCAAGCGCGGAAGACGGCACCGUGCAUCAUCUUCAUAGAUGAGAUAGAUGCCCUACGUGCGCGGUCAAAUGAUUUGCUGAAGCUGGGGGGUGGCAACCAAGAGGCGGAGUCCACCCUGAACCAGCUCCUCACCUGCAUGGACGGCCUGGUGACUCGAGAAUCUGGACGGCCCGUGGUGGUGAUCGCAGCUACCAACCGACCGGAGGAGUCUUGGAUGAAGCUUUGUUGCGCCCCGGACGCUUCGAUCGGGUUGUCCAGGUGGAUCUGCCCGACGCAGCGGGUAGGAAGGAGAUCCUCAAAGUGCACUUGCGCCUGA